AUGCCCCCCUCCACCCCCCAAAACACCGACAUCCUCAUAAUCGGCGCCGGCUUCAGCGGCCUCUCCGCCCUGCACACCCUCCGCACCACACACCCCAGUCUCUCCGCACACAUCCUCGAAGCAGCGCCCGACCUCGGCGGCGUCUGGCACUGGAACAGAUACCCCGGCGCACGAGUGGACUCCGAAUGGCCGUUCUACCAACUGACGAUCCCGUCCGCGUGGCGUGACUUUACCUUCUCAGAGCGGUUUCCAGGCCAUGAGGAGAUAAGACAGUAUUUUAAGCAUCUGGAUGAUGUGUUGGAUUUUAAGAGGGAUGUGACGUUUAAUCAGCGGGUGGAUGGGGCUAUCUGGGAUGAGGGGGAAGGUAGGUGGGUUGUGAGUACGGAGGGAGGUGUCGUGGUGCGGGCGAGAUAUUUGGUGUUGUGCUCGGGGCUGUUGCAUAAGCCUUAUAUAAUCCACUCCUCAUCCUACCCCCCCAACCUGACCACCUCAGGCAAACGCAUCGCCGUCAUCGGCGCCGGCGCGACAGGAGUGCAAAUCGUCCAGGAACUCAGCAAGACGGCAUCGCAUCUGACGCUGUACAUGCGGCGUCCGAGCCCGUGUCUACCGAUGCGGAAUCGGCCGUUGACUCAGGAAGAGCACGAGAGCUGGAGACCGUUCUUUCCGGCGUUGUUUGAUGCGUCGAGGCAUUCUAGAUCUGGGAUUCCGUUUGCGCAGGCUCCUGCUCCAACUCCUCCUUCUUGUCUUUUGGGAGGAGACCAGACGCAGGGGGAGGGGGAGCGGAAGGAGAAGGAGAGAGCGAGACAAGAGCUAGACGCCUACUACGAAUACCUCUGGUCCUCUGGGUCUUUUAACUUCGGCGCGAGCAAUUUCCCAGCAGUGUAUGUCUCCGAGGAGGCGAAUCGGCUGGCCUAUGGUUUCUGGGCGAGGAAGACAAGAGCCAGGAUGAGGGAUCCGGUGAAACGGGAUCUGAUGGCGCCGGUGGAGCCGGUGGAUUAUUUGUUCAUGCGACGGACGCCGUUGGAGCAGGAUUUCUAUGAGAGUGUGGAUCGCGAGAAUGUUGAUGUUGUGCGGAUCAGGGAGGGGUUUCGGUUUACGGAGAGGGGAGGGAUUGUGGUGGAUGGUGAUGAUGAGAGGAUGUUUGAUGUGGUCGUGUUGGCGACGGGGUUUGAUAGUUAUUCGGGGGCAAUCUCCAACAUGAACAUCCGCGGCCGCAACGGCAUCAGUCUAUCAGAGACAUGGCAGUCCGGGAUCCAGACAUACCUGGGGAUAACAGUGCACGGGUUCCCGAACUGUUUUAUGAGUUAUACGCCGCAUGGUGAGUCUCACCAUCCCUCUAUCCAUCUACAAAAGAUACUAACUAAGACCAAAAUGAAAGCACCAACCCCCCUCUCCAACGGCCCCACGAUCAUAGAAUCGCAAAUCCGACUCAUCGCGUCUUUGAUAUCGAAAUCCAUCUCCCCAGGCACACCCUCAUCUACACCCACAGACACAUCCAAACUGAACUCCAACCUUGAACCCAACCAUGAAUCCACCACUCAAUCUGAACCCAACCAGAGACUGGGCACAAUCGAACCAACCCUCCCCGCCCAAGUCUCAUACCGCGAAAUGAUCCUCGCCCAGGCAAAAGGCACGCUCUUCGAGCGGACAGACUCCUGGUGGAACGGGGCUAAUGUGCCCGGGAAGAAGCGCGAGGUGGUUACCUACUUGGGGGGCAUUGAGGAGUAUGAGAGGUUUUGUGCGGAGAGGAUUGAGGGGUUGAUUGGUUUUGAAAUCGGGGAAAAGGUCAAGUCUAUUCAGCCUAGCAGGGCUGCUGAGACGGCGGAUGUCUUUACGGAACUGAUCAUCUCAUCCAUCCUCAUCUUAUCUCAACCACAUCACCUCCUCCCAACAUAA